GAGUAUAGAUUAAACGGGCGUUAACUCAAGUGAAGCCAAAGCCAAAGAAGCAUCCGCUAUCCCCGAGCACGAGCUAACGGUACAACUGCCGUGCCGCGCGCGCAUACAGAACCAAUGAGUUGGUUGUGUGCAGGUGCAAGGAGGGAAGCCGGCGAGCUUAUGCUGACCGCAGAGGCGCCGCCGAAGCCACGAGCACGGAAUAGUACCAGCCACAUAGAAACGUAUCUCAAAUAUGUAAAGUUCGCCACGAUUGUCGUCGUGGGUCUCCGUGUCCGAAAUAAUACGGCGGCAUUGAUCGAUCAUUGGUGUCGAACGGAUUUCGCAGUAUUCAAUAUUCCAAUUCGAGAGGCGAAUAAGCGGAGAGUUUGGAGUGUCGGAUGGUAGGAUCGAGAUAGCUACAGGUUAUUUAUACCGCGGAGAAGUGGCAGGGAGCAGUAUAUAGUAGCGCAGGUCACAAAUUGACAAUAGAUAAAAUAUGGCUACUCACUCGAGACCAGACACGAAUAAAGUUUGUUGUUACGCUCAUCCAGAUGCUCCACUGAUAGAAGAUUACAGAGCCGGUGACCAAAUCUGUUCGGAAUGUGGAUUGGUCGUAGGAGACAGAGUGAUCGACGUAGGAUCCGAAUGGAGAACGUUCAGUAACGAAAAGGCUGGCGUUGAUCCAUCUCGUGUUGGUGGUCCAGAAAAUCCUCUACUAAAUGGUUCAGAUUUAUCUACGAUUAUUGGACCUGGCACGGGAGCUGCAUCGUUUGAUGCGUUUGGGGUUUCAAAAUAUCAGAAUCGUCGAACUAUGAGUAGUUCAGACAGAACAUUAGUAAAUGCAUUUCGUGAAAUUAAUGCUAUGGCGGAUAGGAUUAAUCUUCCAAAGACUAUAGUGGACAGGGCAAAUAAUCUUUUCAAACAAGUACACGAUGGUAAAAAUCUGAAAGGUCGUGCAAACGAUGCUAUAGCCUCAGCAUGUUUAUAUAUCGCUUGUCGACAAGAGGGAGUGCCUCGUACAUUUAAAGAAAUCUGUGCCGUCAGUAAAAUAAGUAAAAAAGAAAUAGGCCGAUGUUUUAAGCUCAUUCUAAAAGCGCUGGAAACCAGUGUCGAUCUUAUCACUACGGGAGAUUUUAUGUCGAGAUUCUGUUCAAACUUGGGAUUACCAAAUAUGGUGCAGCGAGCAGCUACGCACAUAGCGAGGAAAGCUGUCGAAUUGGAUAUUGUGCCUGGCAGAUCACCAAUAUCCGUCACUGCUGCCGCUAUUUACAUGGCUUCACAAGCUUCCGAAGACAAGAGAUCGCAAAAGGAAAUAGGAGACAUCGCUGGAGUUGCUGAUGUAACAAUAAGACAAUCGUAUAAACUGAUGUUUCCACAUGCGAUACAUCUAUUCCCAGAAGACUUCAAAUUUGCAACUCCUAUCGAUCAAUUGCCGCAAAUGUAGAUAUGAUUACGUUGCGAUAUACUAUUCAUCCUAUUGUUUUUAAAUAGUUUUUGCCAAUUACCUGAAUAUUGAAAUUGAGCACUCUCACUUGUUUA